GAUACUCAUAUAUAGACCCAGAUGUACUUCAACGUGAGGAUUAGAACUUGGAUUGCCUUAGUCGAUGAACCUCUCAGCAGAUUUUAAGGCGAACUGAUCAAAUUUAUUGUUCAUAGGAGGCAACCUGGCGAUAAAGACUAGCCCACCUGAAAAGGCCAACCUCAACCUCCAAGAUAGAAUCCCCAGCCAAAAGUGAAGGUGUGCGAGAAAGAAAGCACAUCGUGCCUGCGCGCAGCGCCCUGCGCCACAGCAUCUUGUAGCUCCAAAUCGCCAAUCAAAUGCGUCGCUGGACGCAGGCGCGUUACGCUCUGAUGCAGCCAAGAUGGCGGCGCCCAGUCGGCUUCCACUGGCCUAACUAUUCUGUGCGUCUCCAGCUUCUCUCGGCAUGUUCCUUCUCCGGGACUGUGGCCGCUGGGCCGCAGCGUCCCUCGGCAGACGGUUGCCUUUGCGUCGCCUCCGCAGCGACAGCGCGGCACCCUGCAGCCCGCACUUCGACGUGGUAGUUAUCGGAGGAGGGCACGCGGGGACCGAGGCGGCCGCCGCCGCUGCUCGUUGUGGCUCGCGGACUCUGCUCCUCACACACCGGGUGGACACAAUCGGUCAGAUGUCCUGUAAUCCUUCCUUUGGUGGCAUUGGAAAGGGGCAUUUGAUGAGAGAAGUAGAUGCCUUGGAUGGCCUGUGUUCUCUCUGUGACCAGUCUGGUAUACAUUACAAAGUAUUAAACCGGCGUAAGGGCCCUGCUGUAUGGGGACUGAGAGCGCAAAUUGAUCGGAAACUUUAUAAACAAAACAUGCAGAAAGAAAUCCUGAGUACACCCUUGCUCACUGUUCAGGAGGGAGCUGUGGAAGAUCUAGUUCUUGCAGAGCCAGAGCCUGGAUAUGGGGGGAAGUCCAGGGUCAGAGGCGUUGUUUUGGCUGAUGGAAGUACAAUUCAUGCAGAGAGUGUAAUCCUGACUACUGGGACCUUUCUGAGAGGCACGGUCAUCAUUGGAUUGGAGGUGCAUCCUGCAGGACGUUUGGGGGAUCAGCCCUCUAUAGGGUUGGCUCAGACUCUGGAGAAAUUGGGGUUUAUGGUAGGAAGACUAAAGACUGGGACUCCACCCCGACUUGCCAAAGAGUCCAUUAAUUUCAGCAUUCUACACGAGCACACAGCAGAUAACCCACCCAUCCCAUUCAGCUUUCUCAGUGACAGUGUGUGGAUCAAGCCGGAAGAUCAGCUGCCAUGUUACUUGACUCACACCAACCCCAGAGUGGAUGAGCUCGUCCUUGAGAACCUUCACCUGAAUAGCCAUGUUAAAGAAACUACCAGAGGGCCCCGAUACUGUCCCUCUAUUGAAUCAAAGGUUUUACGUUUUCCAAACCGUCUGCAUCAGGUUUGGUUGGAACCUGAAGGAAUGGAUUCUGAUCUCAUCUACCCACAAGGGUUGUCUGUUACACUGCCAGCCGAGUUACAGGAGAAAAUGAUAACAUGCAUCAGAGGCUUGGAGAAAGCCAAAAUGGUCCAUCCAGGCUACGGUGUUCAGUACGAUUAUUUAGAUCCCCGUCAGAUCAGUCCUUCCCUCGAGACGCAUUUGGUUCAGCGGUUGUUCUUUGCUGGACAAAUAAAUGGAACCACAGGCUACGAGGAAGCUGCAGCUCAGGGGGUGAUAGCUGGAAUCAAUGCCAGUCUGAGAGUCAGUCGAAAACCACCCUUUGUUGUGAGCCGCACAGAAGGCUAUAUAGGAGUCUUGAUUGAUGACCUCACCACCCUGGGCACCAGCGAGCCGUACCGAAUGUUCACUAGCAGGGUAGAGUUCCGUCUGUCACUGCGCCCAGAUAAUGCUGACACCCGGCUCACGUUCCGAGCCCAUGAGGAUGCUGGCUGUGUGUCCCCACAGCGGUAUGAAAGAGCUUUGUGGAUGAAGUCAUCUUUAGAAGAAGGUAUUUCUGUGCUGAAAUCCAUUAAGUUUUCAAGCUCCAAGUGGAAAAAGUUAAUUCCACAAGCUCCUAUAAGUAUUAAUAGAAGCCUUCCUGUCAGUGCCCUGGAUGUCCUUAAGUAUGAAGAAGUGGACUUGGAGUCACUAGCCAGUGUGGUUCCCGAGCCCCUGAAGAAGUAUACUGCAUGUAGAGAGCUCGCCAGAAGACUGAAAAUCGAAGCCACUUAUGAGUCAGUAUUGUUGUAUCAACUACAAGAAAUAAAGGAAGUUCAGCAAGAUGAAGCUUUGCAACUUCCACAAGAUCUAGAUUAUCUAACAAUCAAGGAUGUGUCAUUGUCCCAGGAAGUUCGAGAGAAGCUACACUUGAGUCGCCCACAGACGAUUGGAGCUGCUAGUCGUAUUCCUGGAGUGACACCAGCUGCCAUCAUCAAUCUGCUCAGAUUUGUGAGGAACACUCAGCAGAGACAGACAGCAGUGAUGGAGCACCAGACCAAUCAGUGCUUAUGACGCAAAGGAACUGGGAGACAGAAUUCUAACUUCCAUUGCAUAGGGGACUUGCAUAGAGCCAUGAUUCUCACCCUUCAUAAUGCUGCCACCCUUUAACACAGUUCCUUGUGUUGUGGUGAGCUGAAAACACAAAAUUAUUUCAUUGCUACUUCAUACUUUGGCGCUGUUAUGAAUCAUAAUGUAAAUAUCUGAUAUCGGAUCCCUGUGGGGAUCUCAACCCAUGGGAGAUCCAUUGGCUUAGAGAAUAUGAAUAGGAAAUAAAAUGAUACCUGUGAAAAUGC